UCGCAUCGUCAUCGUCAUCAUCAGGUUAUCUCUCUAUAUCGUAGGCCGGCAGAGUCUUCAGCUGCAACAAAGAUCUCUCGAUCCCAUUCAACAUGGACCGAGCCACCCCUCGCUCUAAUCCCAACUACGACGUUUACUUCUCCGACGAAAAGAUCAAGACCGUGGUGGAAAGAUGUCUUCCUUUUGUCAAGCGAGACCACAUGAUCAUCGAGCACCUGCCGUCAGGAAAGUCCUUUAACAAUCGGAUCUACUUUGUGAAUCUCACCGAGCCUGUUCGCACUCUCCGACCAGAGUGGAACGGAAGUGAAGUUGAAGUGACGAAAACAACGACUCAGAUUCAGUCCUCAUUUUUGGUGCUCAAGAUUGCCGGCCAUCCCUUUGGACGAAACAAAGUGCAGAACGAGGUGGCCUGCCUCCUUCUUUUGGAAAAACACUGUCCAUCCAUCCCGGCUCCAAAACUGCUUGCCUGGUCGGACGAUGGCAAGAAGGUCAGGACACCUCAAUAUCCCCGUGGUUUCAGAGAUACAGAACCAAAGAACAUUCCAGUACUGGCGAUCAAAGCGGAGGAUGGCACCCCGAUUGAGGAUGUUCGCAAAGACACGGAGGGGCAAGGCUGGAUUUUGAUGACGCGCGAACCUGGUAGGCCGAUCAGUCCAGAUGAAUUGUCGGGCAGUGCGGGAGAUGAGUUGAUGCGCAAAAUCGCCGUAUAUGUGGCUACAUGGCGGAAGGACAUGCCUCCAGCGAAGGCAGUGGGCAAUCUGCGAAUUGUUGGCAGCAACUCCACCCCUCAGCCUGCAGCUGUACGUUACGACAAAGCCAUUCUUCCAGGCUACGAGGUUCACAUUGACGGACUGAUAACCAACCACUCUCCACCAUCUCCUCUGACUACGUCAGAGAAGUACCACGCCUUCGUGCUGAAAAACUCUCUGAAGAGGCUCAAGGAUGGCAAGCUCUAUGAUCACACCUCGGACGAAGUGCACGAGCUCGUGAAGCGCAUGGCCGACAACACACUCCCGAAGCUCCCCAUGUUUCGCUACGGAAUUGAGCCCAUGAUAUUCACCCACGACGAUCUUUCCACCCGCAAUGUCCUAGUCUCGCCCGACCCGUCGGGCGACGUGAAAGUCUCGGCCAUCAUCGAUUUCGAGUUUGCGGGCUUUUUCCCCAAGGAAGAGGAAUUCGCCAACACGCUUCAGAAUGACCAGGAGGAGUGGCCGCUCAAAAAGUACGCCGUGUUCUUGUCCGAGUUGAAGGACCGUGAAGCCUUGCCGGAGACCUUGACACUGAAGAUCCCGCCGCCCUCGUCCGUCGGAAAGGCCGGGGACAAGUGUUUCGAGUUUGGCACGGGUGAGUUCCAACAAGCCGUGCUCCUCUUGCGCACCACGAUCAAUACUGCCCCGUGGUGGAUCAAGGAGGAGCAGGGGUACAACGCGGAGCAGUUGCAGGAGGAGAUGGAGGCUGCCAAAGCCCGAGUCGAGAAGGCCGUCAAGUGGUUGGAAGAGAUGGUGCCGGCGGAGGAGCGUGAGAAGCGGAGCCGAAGGCGGACCAACAGCACGCGAGGCUGAAGGUUAAACCUGCCUUUUGGACGAUAACCACGAUGCUCUCGCGUUGUUGAAAGGGGGGGUUGCACACCGGAGAGAGGAGAGAUAAGGGAGGGGAAGAAGAGUCAGGAGCGAAGAAAGAUGGUGGUUGCGAUAUCGGAUUGAUUGUCAACUGCGCGCGACGGAAUCUGCUUGACAUCAGAGACUCAAUGUACGAAGAUCUAGUCUUCCAAGAAAAACUGUCAUAGUCGGCUGGACAUAUGCACACGAGGCUGUACAGAUGUGGGACACGAGAAGAGCCCAGGUCAUCGUGC